CCAGCCUCUCGAGGGCGGCUGGGUGUCAUCGCCUUUGGCCUCGGGAACCUACCAAGGGAAGCGGCCCGAGGGCCAGGAAGGGGAGGCCUGGUUUGGGGACGCCGAGAUGCCUGUUUGGGGUCCAUCUGAGACUUUUCUGAAUCCUUUGGAUCCCGGAAUGUAAAUGGGAGAUUAAUAGGGGCAAUGCCGGGGGCAGGAGGCGUCUAGCUGGGGAAGGUUGACCCAAAUGAGAUCUGUACAGGUUACGGAGACUUUUUAGGACAUUGAGAACCAGCUUCUUAAUUCCUUUGGUCCACGAAAGGAGGCGUUGUGCCAUGACUUUUUAUUCGAGUCCAGGAGAAAGUUAAAAAGUAAAUCAAUAAGGAAGAUAUCAGACAGUGAGAAAUGCCCCCAAGUCGUAGAAGUCGUAGAAGCUGGGGGGAGGGCCACUCUAAAUCGGGUAAGGCUGUUCGGAGGAGGCCAGGUUUUGCGGAGAUCUGAGAAAAAGAGGGAAGUAGAGGAAUGAGCUUUCUAAGUGGAGAAAAAAGCCAACGGAAAGGCUUCUGAGGAAGGGAACGGCGCGAAGGCCAGGUGGCUUGGAGCAGAAAGAACAAGGGUCAGAGUGGUCAGUAAUGAAGUGGCAGGGCCUGAUCCAGCCCAAGACUGAAGAUGACAACAGCAACACGACAAGAAGUUCUUGGCCUCUACCGCAGAAUUUUCAGGCUUGCGAGGAAAUGGCAGGCGGCAUCAGGGCAGAUGGAAGACACCGUUAAAGAAAAACAGUACAUAGUAAAUGAAGCCAGAAUGCUGUUCCAGAAAAAUAAAAAUCUCACAGACACAGACCUGAUUAAACAGUGUAUAGAUGAAUGCACAGCCAGGAUUGAAAUUGGACUGCAUUACCAGAUUCCUUAUCCAAGGCCAAUUCAUCUGCCUCCAAUGGGCCUUAUCCCACUACGAGGCCGGGGACUUCGAAGCCAGGAAAAAUUGAGGAAACUUUCCAAACCAGUAUAUCUCAAGUCUCACGAUGAGGUUUCCUAGCCCAGAAGAAAGUAUAUUUCUCUGAAUGAGGAGCCACUAGUUCUUGAAUGUAAACCAGAUGACAAAACCCUUCUCCUUGAUUAGGGGCAAAAAUUCAAAUAUCUUCUUAAAAACCUCCAAAACAUUGGUACUCACCCCAUGAUGUAUGCUCACACAUCCCUACAGUUUAUCAGGGUCCUGCUGCCUGAGUGGACGGCACUAACCAUAGAGGUCAUGGACCUUACAUCCUCACUGAAGCAUCAUUUGGAAACAAGACUAAGAUUUGUGGGAGGAAGACUGAAGAACGACAGAGCUUUUCAUGGGAAUGCCAUUCACCAGACAUGCCAGCUGAUUUGAAGCAGCUGCUGGAAGUUCUCAUGACUACUAUAAAACUGUAUACCACUCUCAGAGUAUUUUUAAGUUACAGAUUUCCCGAAAGUAGGCUUUUUUUUCUCUUUUGUUGUCUUUUGACCCCUGCAAUUUCCAGAUAAACUCCAGAUAAACCAUAAUUAUUGAAUUUUAUAUGAGACCUAUCCCUGCCCCUGACAUACACAUACACAAAAGCACGUCUUAGUUAAAUGCGUAUGUUUACUUUAUCCUAAAGCAUGUGAUUACUUAGGAUGCACUCAGAAUCUGAAAGGCUCACUUGAAACUCAUACUGCAUUCAUUAUGAGUAUUUUACCUUAACAUGAUUAGAAAGUACAAGGGCCAAGCUGGCUUUCAAAUUAUGUCUAAACAUAAAUGGACUAAGGAGAGAUCAAAACAUGAAGAUUUUACACCCUUACAUUUGCGGAGUCAGAUGAGAUUCCCACGGCAAGUCAUUUGUACAUCAGUAUCAUUCCCUCUUAGCUCCAAAGAGGAUGCGCAGCACCAAUAAAAACAAAUAUCUAUCAA